GCUCAAUCUCCUCAACAGACCCAGUGGUUGCAAGAGCUGGACCUUUCUCGGCGUCUUUUCCCGUAGUAGAUCCUAUUCCUCGGAGAUAGCAAUCGGUCAGCGUCAUAGAAAGAGACGAGGGAGAGCACAGCGUUUAGGGUUGAGUUGCGAGAGGAUCAGCUUCACAACUUGAGAGUACAGUAGAUAUGAUUCAAGUUUCACAUAAAAGAUCAUGGAUUCAUCCCCCGUCCUCGAAAGCAACGCUUGCCCUGAGUUGCAGCGGGACCUGACCCCAGGGUGCGUGGUCAUACCAGGUGUGGCAAGGUCUCCGAUCCUGCACGAGAUCCAGCCUCGAACUUGAUCAAUAGGAGCUGCCUGCUCUUAAAACUUCAUCCGUCAUCAACCAUCUCCACCUGCGAGGUCUCCGAUCCUGCACGAGAUCCAGCCUCAAACGAAAAGAUGAAGAUCGAGGCUCACCACUUGCUUCCGCUCUUGUUCGCGGGACACGCGUUUUCCUCAGUGACAUUGAUUUUGCUGAACAAGAAUAUCGCCCUAGUAUUUCCGUAUGCCUUCACGACCGUGUUCCUGCAGAAUUUCGGUACAUUAUUUGGCGCGGCCUUUCUCCACAUCAUCAGAGUGCAUCCACUGCGGUUCCCGCCUAAAAGAUUUCUGCUCAGGUUGCUGAUCAACGCCGUAUGGCUCGUUGGAGUGCUAUGGGCCAGCAUCGUGGCGCUGCAGAAAGUGAGCGUGCCACUGUAAUUCUGUUUACUUUGAUUUUGGAUUUCUGUUGAUCGAUGAAGAACUAUCUUCUAACAAACUUCGAGUUCACGAGAAUGAUUUGCAAACUGACUCUACUUGUAUCUACAACUAGAACUACUCUACGUACAUGACUAUAAAUUUAAUAUACUAGGUCCAGCGGCGCUCAAAGCACUAGAUAGAACAACCGGCUAGUUUUACCUCUAGAGGCUUAGCCCUUCCAACAAAAUAUACUGUGCACAUCUUCCACAUCCACACACUACCUACCACUGCAGCUACGUCCUCGCGCGUAAUACAGUACCGUUCCAGACUGCUCUUCUCGACUGGGCCAUACUCGGUAGUGAACUGAAUGCAAGGACAUUGUGGGGACUGGCGCUCACAUUUAUCGGCACGACAAUAUACACAACUGCCGAUAUGGAAGUCGAUAGCACAGGGAUCAGCUAUGCCAUGCUGAACACGGUGCUGGUUGCUUCGAUAUGCGUGUAUGAGUCAGGUAUCUGGUUUUUAGAGACACUCUUGUGAUAGAUGACCACACUAGCAUGGGACGAAGAUAGACAACAGAACUCAGGGCGAUGCUGAAUAGAAGUACACUACCCAGAUCAUACCAUUCUUUCAAAACAAACUUCACAGCAACAAUGAAGAUGGUGAAAGCGGAACUUUCACCUAUCCAGAUGAACUUUUCGCGAGUCCUCUUCACCACGCCUUUUCUUGUCCUACCAUUGUACUUCGAGUGGUUUCGCGGGGAGGAAGGAGCAACGACUUUAUGCAUGAUGAAUGUCAUCUGGUUCAAGACGGUCGCAUCAUGUGUGUUCUGAUUACAAUUCCUCUCCGUUGAAGGUUAUCUCAACUUACCAACUGUCAGUUGACAUGUCGCAACUCUGUAGUCACUCUCUCUAAUCCCCCUUCCUUUCGACGAGAUAAUACGCAUCUUGCGAAACGAGCCCGUCGUCACAUUCCAGAUAGCAGUUUCCGCGAUCCUGGCUUUCAGUAUCGGAAAUUUCUUGCUUUCUUUACAGGCGCGAGUGAGUUACGACCCAAACUUUUUUGUAGUACAUCAAAUAUUUGUCAUGAAACAUCUAUAUCUAAUUGAUUUCGACGUGUUGUAGGGUAUAAUAUGCCAGCUGCAUACACAUAAAAUUACACUCUGGUACUUCUCUCUAAUCGCCCGCUACCACGAUCCAGCUAGCCAAUAUGGGUUACAAGUUUGCCACGACGCUUUUGUCGCGUUUUACGCAUCCUUCUGAGGUCAAGCUUGUAGGCUGGCUCGGUUACGCUAUCUGUACAGCAGGUCUCGUCCAGUAUGCUGUGCGACCAUCUUCGAAGAAGACCAGUUCUGGAGGGGCUACUCCAUCUAAAAAAGGUACUGGUACAGCAGAGUUUACAACAACAGGUGGAGGACGUGAGUCACAUACUACAACUUCUUCCAGUGAACGAAAAACGAGGAAUAGAUCGUCCUCGUCCCCGGAUAAGAGUAAAGCGAGAAAUGGCACUAGGAGAACCUCACCAAGGGAACGAGUGGUACGGCGAGAGAGGUCACGGAAACGCAGCAGGCAGAAAGAAUAAACAACCUACUGCAGACUCGUUUUUGUAUUCUGAAAUUUCAAUCUGUUGCAGGUUCUUAUCCUUGUUUGCGACAGUGCAAGCAUGGAAAACAUUCGGGGUUGUUAGGGCAUAUCACUUACAUUUUGACAGCACGGCUAAGGUCACGUUGGAAAUUCUAUUCAUCGCAUAGAUACUCAUCAGUGGGAUCAGGAACCGCUUGUGUUGGCAUCUUCACCGUAAUAUCCUACUAGGCCAAAGAUUCUAGGUUAAUGUGAGGUAGAAAAUAUCAUACCAAGAUCUCGGGAACGAGAUGAAGAUGCA